AUGUUUCACAGACAAUUGUUAAAAGUGCCUGCUGUAUGUGGUUUCAGAUCAUUUUCUUCUGCCUUGUACAUAACUGGUGAUAAGGCUGACAAACAUUUUGCAGUGCUCACUCCAUAUGUGGAUUUUGGUAAGAUUUUAGAAAACAGGGAAAAGUUUGUAAAUAAUUUGAAAUCCAGGUCUGUGAAUAUUGAUUUGGAUAAAGUUGUUGAAAAAUGGGAGUUCUUUCAAGAUAUUGAUAACAAAAGAAAGCAGUUGGAAGCCACCAGGUCUAAAAUUGGUAAUCAUAUUUCAAAACUUUUAAAAACUGAUGGAAAUAAAGAAGAACUGGAAAAAUGGAAGCUGCAAUCAAAACUGGUAAAAGAUGAUCUUAAAAACCUAAAGGACAUGUACUACAAUGUUGAAGAAAAUGUCUUCUUACAAAUUUUAUCUCUGCCUAAUGAAUUGCAUGAAAACACACCCAUUAACAAUGAAGUGCUAAUCCAUGAAAAAAACAAAAAACCUGACAAUAAAACAGACUCCCAUAUAAAUCUUUCAAAAUCCAUUAAUUACAUCAACCCAUAUAAUUGUUACUUAACAGCAGAUUGUGCACUAUUUGAAAUAUCAGCACUUAAUUAUCUUCGAAAACAUUUACAAAAAUCCAAAUUUACACAGUUCUCAAGCCCCGAUUUUUCUAGAAGUGUGGUAGUUGAAGGUGCAGGCAAAAACUUUGAAAAUGCCCAGUCUGUGUUAACAAUAGAAGAACCACAUGAAAAAUUCAAUAGUUUGAGUAGGUUACACCUAACUGGUGGAGCAGCACUUGAAUCUUUUUUGGCAUAUUUCACAAAACAUCUAGUGGAUUUGAACAAGUUCCCAUUACAAUACUUCUCAGUUGGUAGAAAAUAUCAACCAUUUGAUGACAAAUGGAAUGGGGGAUUGUUUAAUUUAGCUCAAGACUCUGCUUUGUCAAUGUUUAUGGGUUAUAUGGAUGGGGAGGGAGAUUUGCUAAAAAACAUACAAAAUGUUAUAAUAGAUUUUUAUGAUUCACUAAACUAUCAUUAUAAGUUGGUAAUUAUACCAGCUAAAGAUUUACAUUUCACUGAGUCCCUAAGACUGUCCAUACAAAUGUAUUCUAAUAAUUUACAAAGGUAUAUUGAAGUAGGCAACAUUUCUUUGAAUGGCGACUAUUUCAGUAAGCGUUUACUUUUUACAACAACUAUAAAUAAGGAAAGGGCAUUCCCUAAUGUGAUUUCUGGUACAUUACUUAAUGUACAAAAAUUUUUAGGAUGUGCCAUCGAAAAUAAUCAUGUAGAUAAUAAACCAUUGUUAUGUGAUUUAUUAAGAAAAUAUAUGUUUGUAUAAUGUAUCAAAA